ACAUCUCCUCCUCCUCCCCCCUCCCCUCCCUGCUGCCAUCACCAUCCUCCAAAGCUAUGGCUGCAGAAAAGAUCUUGGAGACCCUGGAUCACUAUAAAUCGGAGAUUGAGCGGUUGACCAAAGAACUGACUGAGACCACCCAUGAAAAGAUCCAGGCGGCUGAAUAUGGGCUGGUGGUCUUGGAAGAGAAGCUGACCCUUAAACAGCAGUACGAUGAGCUGGAAACUGAAUAUGAUGUCCUCAAACAGGAGCUGGAGCAGCUGAGAGAGGCAUUUGGACACUCAUUCUCCGUCCACCGUAAAGUAGCUGAAGAUGGUGAGACCAGGGAGGAGACCCUCCUUCAGGAGUCGGCAUCCAAGGAAGCUUAUUACCUUGGGAAGAUCUUGGAAAUGCAGAACGAGCUGAAGCAAAGUAGAACGGUGGUUACCAACGUUCAAGCGGAGAAUGAACGACUGACAGCAAUUUUGCAGGACUUGAAAGAGGUGGAAUAUGAAGGCUUGAAACAUGAGAUAAAACGAUUUGAGGAAGAGACGGUGUUACUUAAUAGCCAGCUAGAAGACGCCAUCCGGUUGAAGGAGAUUGCUGACCAUCAGCUAGAGGAGGCCUUGGAGACCUUAAAGAAUGAAAGGGAGCAGAAGAACAAUCUGAGGAAGGAACUGUCUCAGUAUAUCAAUUUAAACGAUAGCAUGUAUAGUAAUCACAUUAAUAUCUCAGUAGAUGGAUUAAAGUUUGGAGAAGAUGGGAAUGAACCCAAUAAUGAUGACAAGAUGAAUGGACAUAUUCAUGGUCCUCACAUGAAACUGAAUGGGGAUUUUCGGACUCCCAGCGUUAGGAAAGGAGAAUCUUUGCACCCCGUCUCUGAUCUCUUCAGUGAGCUGAACAUCUCUGAAAUGCAGAAACUGAAGCAGCAGCUCAUGCAGGUGGAGCGUGAGAAAGCUAUUCUGCUGGCUAAUCUUCAGGAAUCCCAGACCCAGCUGGAGCACACCAAAGGGGCCCUCACCGAACAGCAUGAACGCGUCCAUAGGCUCACCGAACAUGUCAACGCAAUGAGGGGUCUGCAAAGCCACAAAGAGCUGAAAGAGGUCGAUUUUGAGAAAGGCCGAGAUUCUGGGGAGGAAACCCACGAUUAUGAAGUGGACAUCAACGGCUUGGAGAUCCUAGAGUGUAAAUACAAGGUAGCCGUUACCGAGGUGAUUGACCUCAAAGCUGAAAUCAAAGCCUUAAAAGAGAAGUACAAUAAGUGCGUUGAAAACUACACCGAGGAAAAGGACAAGUAUGAGAGCAAGAUCCAGAUCUACGACGAGCAGGUCUCCAGCUUGGAAAAGUCAACGAAGGAAAGCCACGAGAAAAUGGUGCAGAUGGAAAAGGAGGUGCAAAGGAUUACAGGCGUUGCCAACGAGAACCACAAUACCCUCAAUGCCGCUCAGGAUGAGCUGGUGACUUUCAGCGAAGAGCUGGCUCAACUCUAUCAUCAUGUCUGUCUGUGUAACAACGAGACUCCGAAUAGGGUUAUGCUGGAUUAUUACAGGCAAAGUCGAGUUACGAGAAGUGGGAGCUUGAAGGGACCUGACGAUCCAAGAGGGCUGCUAUCUCCACGCCUUGCCAGGAGAGGGACGGCACUCCCUGUAGAAAUCAGGGUGCCAACUGAACAGGGUUCAAAAGAGAGCACAGAAGCCAAUAAAGAGCCCAGCCCAACAAAGACCCCCACCAUUUCUCCUGUCAUUACAGCCCCUCCUUCCUCCCCGGUUUCUGACACCAGUGACAUUCGGAAAGAGCCCAUGAAUAUUUACAACCUCAAUGCCAUAAUACGGGACCAAAUCAAGCACUUGCAGAAAGCGGUAGAUCGGUCAUUGCAGCUGUCCCGGCAGCGUGCAGCGGCCCGUGAACUGGCACCUAUGAUUGAUAAGGACAAGGAGGCUUUAAUGGAAGAAAUAAUGAAAUUAAAGUCCCUGCUGAGCACGAAAAGGGAACAGAUAGCAACCCUCAGGGCAGUGUUGAAAGCCAACAAGCAGACAGCAGAAGUGGCCCUGGCGAACCUGAAGAAUAAAUAUGAGAACGAGAAAGCCAUGGUAACAGAAACGAUGACUAAACUGCGCAACGAAUUAAAAGCUUUGAAAGAAGAUGCAGCAACCUUCUCAUCCUUGAGAGCCAUGUUUGCAACCAGGUGUGAUGAGUAUGUCACCCAGUUGGAUGAGAUGCAGAGGCAAUUGGCAGCUGCAGAGGAUGAGAAAAAGACCUUAGAUUCUUUGCUGCGGAUGGCUAUCCAGCAAAAGCUCGCCCUGACUCAACGCUUGGAAGACUUAGAGUUUGAUCACGAGCAGUCCCGGCGGACCAAAGGCAAAUUUGGGAAAACCAAGAUCGGCAGCCCUAAAGUAAGUGAGGAGGCAUCAGCCACCGUGUCAACCAUAGACACUUUCCUCCUGCAUAGUCAGGGCCCACAACCACCAAACAUACUGGUCAGCAGUGGCACUCAGAGGAAAAGACAAUUCUCACCUUCCCCUUGUGAUCAGAGCCAUUCCAGGACUUCAGGGACCUAUCUACUGCCUUUAUUAAGAACCCCCUCAGAUCACACCUCCACAGAGCCAUUUCUUCUGAGGGGCCCCAUUUCCAUGAAUGAAUCCUUCCAUGGGCACCGUCUCAGCAAGGAAAAAAGGUUAACCGUAGCCAUCCCAGAUUGUCAGCAGCCUGCUGCCUCACUACCGCCACACGGCUCACAACUAACCAGGAGGCAACGCUGUCAGACUGUCAGUCCUGAUGUAGCUCUUCCAGAAGAACAGCCACAUUCCAGCUCUCAAUAUACCCCUCCUGUCAGCUGUCUACUUAAGCCUCCUCCUUAACAUCGUGCUUCAUAUGCAACCUAAGAUUUUUGGGGGAAAUCUCACCACAUGGACUGAACUGGAGUUCUUACAGCAAAGAAACAGUUUGUAUCAAGCAUGACUGCCUUGUUGCUGCUGCUGAGUCCAGACACCAUCUAGAGUCUUAACAAAGGAAGGCAUGUGGAAACGCUUUAAAGCACAGUGCCCAGACUGCUGAAAAAUCUUCAAGGUUCCUUUGUGUGCAUCAUCUGAUCAAAACUACCCAAAGGAAGUCAGACUUGUUCCUUCCAAUUGUUUGGCUAGGACUACUAAUGUGCCGGGAACCUAGACUCCUACCGAAUAAAAGCAAAGAAAGUAUGCUACCAGUCUUAUUUUGCCCAUUCAGCUCAAGCUACUAACUCCAUAUGGCAUUUUAUAUAUAUAUUUUUUCCCCUGACAUAUUUGCACCAAAAAGUAUGGUUAUUAGAAAUGAUGUGUGGAUGAGUUGUUCCACUUUUUAAAAAAAUAAUUUACAUUGAGAUUUGUUUUGUUUUUUUGUUCAGUUAGGAUUUGUUUUUAUUUUUAUUUUAAAAUGUAUACAUAUUUUAUUUGGAGAUAGCUCGCCUUGGGCAAAAUGCAGCCUGGUGUUUUGUUUGUUUUAUUGCACAACAUUGUAGAAGAUACAUUGAAAUGAAUGUGUAGGGGGGGGGGAAUUGCAGAGGAAGUUGGGUGUGCCAAAACUGCAUCAAAAUAAAUAGGCACACAAUGAAGCACUUACAUUGCAUUGAUUUCAAGAUAAUUCUGGCAUGCCUCAUUUUCUCUGAACUGUGUCUUUUGACUGGUACUACAGAAGUCUGCUGCACUGGUAUUGUUUACACAGUUGUUUUAUACAAUACUGUAUUAGCUGCUGGUUCCUUUAUACCUUCAACCUGAUUAAGCCUGAAAAAGGGUUUUCUUGAAUAAUAUAUGCAUAAUUGUUUCCUUGUGCUUAUUUUUGUGUUUCAAGGUAUCAUUUUGUUUUAAGGAUCUUUUCCUUUUUUUUCUGGGCAAACUAAUGACUCGGUGCUUUUUUCAGUUUUACUGUUUGGUAUCCAGACAAAAAAAAAAUUCAAAUGAACUUGAAGUAAACAUAAUGUAUUUUAUGAUAAUUGAAAAAAAAUGCAGGAUACCUUUCACUUUACUCCCAAAUCCAGUAUUAUCAGACUAGGGCCUUCCUUUGAUAAAACCAAGUGGUGGUGGGGUAACAGAUGAUCAAAAUUGGCGCAUUUGGUGGGGAAUAUUAAGCAAAGGAAGUGGGAUUGGUAUCUUGGAUUGAAGAACAUAGGUUUAGAUUCUUGCUUUAAGCGAUUGUCUGAACUGUCAGCAGUUUUUAUUCUAGCCCAUUCCAUAACAAAUAACUCAGGUCAGGGUGCACAGGUUGUUCCUGCAUUGCUUGGCAUUCUUCGUUCAAGAAUUUUCCCAUUAAAUUUGAGAAAUGCUGGGUAUGAAAGAAAAUGAAGGAUAAUUACAUUAUUUUGCACAAUGCUCAGAAGCAAGAUGGCUUACUUGCAAGAUUUCAAGUUAUUAUUUUGGGCUUUCUGCUGGCUCUCUGUGUUAUAUUGCUAACCAAUUUCUCCUGUUAGUGGAAUUCUUAUUCUGAGUCAGAUAGCCUUAAUACAUUAUAAUAAGGAAGAGCUGAGUAGAUCCAGGUCCCUUGGUUCCAUCUCUGCAGUGAUUAUAUGAAUUACAAGACAGAAAUAAGUAAAGUGUCUGGGGAAAUUAUCCAUUCUGAAAGAUAUCAGAUCAGCUGGAAUAACUUGACAUCAAACCCCCCCCCCCAAUAUGAAAGAAAAUGCUCCUACUUAGAAUAAAUACCAAAAAAAGAGGAAAGAAGGAAGGGGGGAAUCCUCAGCCAAGGAAAUCAUGAAGUUUAAGUGGUCAUCUUUGUGCCUAAUAAUAAAUAUCAUUGAAAAACAAGGUGCUAAAAACAGGACAAGCCUAAUCAGCAAUUGGUGUAAUGUGGAGCAGUUGACGUUUUUCCAAGAGACAGUGGUUUAAGUUACCAAUGAAAUCCACAAACUUGAAAGCAGACACCAGUGUCCUAGUGACAAUUAGUAUGGUAGGGAAUUGACUAGAUGGAAAUACAUUGAGUUUAAAUGACCUCUAUGUGACAGUCCAAAUCAUAUAUAGCACUGUUGCUGGAACGUUGGAGCUAAUGGCUCUCGUUUAAUGUGUUUCCACGUUGCUUAUCUUGUGCUAUACUGAACAUUUCAAUGCUUCACUUCAUAUUCAUAUCUAGCAAGGGAAUAUUUCAGCAGCUCCUAGGAUUACUGUUGCCAACUUUACAUUGGGUUACAUUGACCGUUAGCCAUCACGCAAAUGUUUCUGGUUGAAUUGAGUGUUCCUCAAGAAUUCCAGGAACUUCAACCAUUCAUCUCACUUUAACAAUUAUCCUAAACUCAGCAAUGUUGUUUUUGAACUGGUGGGAUCUCCAUCCAGGAGCAGAACUUGCAGCUAAUAUUGGUGUACAAUGAAGAGAGUCCUAGGGAGAGUUUCACAGUGGUUUUGCUUGUGGAUAAUGCAAAUUAAUGUAUGCAUAUUGUUUUGCAAGAGAGAAGCACAUGAUUUCUUAGCCAGUGAAAUCAAAAGGCCUUAAAAGUGCUUAGAAAUGAUUGGAUCAUACCUUCACUUUGAUUUGUAUUCUACUGACAAAUGGUUUCAACUGACCUAAUGUAUACCUCAGAAUAUCUGUUAGAUCAAACUGUCUGUGUAACUGCGCUGAGACUAUAUAGGUUUUACAACAUAUGCUAUGCUACAGUGGCAAAUCUCAUUCUUGCCAUUUUUGGUACUAAUUUUGCAAAAAAAACAAUAAUUAAGUAAUUUCAGGCUGUAGUCCUAUGAAUGCUGACUUCGGGAAAAGUUGUGCUGAAAAGUUAAAAAAAAAAAAGGAAUUGCUUGGACAUAAAUUUCACUUACCGCUGUACAGAUUGUGGACUCAUACCUGAGUAACUGUGCUAAAAUUUCAGGUUCUUUUUUAAAAUAUAGGUUAUACUUCAUAGCUGGAAACAACAGUUAUUAUCUUCAUGAAAUGUCCAGAGUAUUCAAAAUACUGGAAUAUACAGUAUAGUCAGCCAUGUCUCCCAAGCCUUUCUUUUUUAAAUUUUGGUGGAUAAUUUUAAACAUUUGAAUAUCAGUAUAGGUCUAGUCCAGGCACAGAUAAGCGUGCAUUUCCCCAUUUAAAUCUAAAAACAGAUGAGAAAGAAAUACACAGUACAUUCACAAUACGAAGAGUGAUGAGGGGAAGAGAGUCUGCUAUGUAUUUUGCACAUAUGUGCACACAUUUAAAUUGGCUUAGCUGGACACGAAACAUUCAACAUCAAUCAUCACGAGUAAGAUGUGGAUUUUUGUACAGCUUCACUUUUUUUUCCUGUCUGUAGCUGUGGUGAAUUUGUGUAUUAAAAAAAGAAACAUCCAGAUUGUUAUUAUUAUGUCAAGUGAUGAAUUGCUCAAAACUCAAGAUCUAAAAAUUCCUCAAACUAAAUGAGAAAAAUAACAGAAUAUUACAAGGAAAAUAAUGGUAUUCAGAAGACCUUUUAGUAAAAAAAUAAAUAAAUCAUAGUUAUUCAUUCUUUGGAAGGAACCUUUUAGCAAUGAAAAAGUCGAAAAUGGAAUAUUUUCCAAACACGAUUAUAGUCUACCCAACCUUUUUUUGCUUAAUUAAAUUUUACUAGAAUUAAUAACAUAGGACUAAGCCUAACUGCACAACUGGAGAAGAGUGAAUAUUUAAUUGUUAGGAUCUAAUAUCAUCCUUUUAUCAGUAAAGCCAAUAAAGCCUCAAGUUGUUAUCUAAUCUCUAACAAAGGUACAUAUGAUUCUGAAAUUGGUUCUUUUAUUUCCUGAUUUGUACAACUGUUCCAUUUUAAAUUAUUUUUUCUUCUUUAUGAAAUAUUUGUUUUAAUGUUCCAAGUGCUGAGAUGCUACAUUAAAAGCACAGUGAUUUCCCUCCUUAUAUCUUUUCUUAAAAAUCACAUUUUGUUCUUCAGCUUUUUCUCCAGUUUUCUAUCUGUUAAAGCUACAUGAGACAGAGUAUUCAGAAAAUUUCUGGCAUUUUUUAAAAUAAUCCUGUGUAUAAAAUUUAAAAAAGCAAUUAAUUGCAUUGGCCUCAGGGCAAAAUGCAUCUGAAUAUGCAAUAUAAUAAAAAGCCUGCAUGACAUAAUUUCAUGUACCCCUUUUCAAUCAUCUAUAAUAAAGCUAGAUGAUUUUUAUUUCAUGAAGAUUCCUCUUUCCCUGUUCCUUCAUAUUGGAAAUGCAAGGCCAGUAUAACUUCGUCAAGAGCCAUAUUACCUUCCAUCUAUUUUAAUUUCCCUUCUACUGCUCUUGAAAAUCCUCUCUAUCAAAUUUGAAGGCAACAUGGUGAUAACUGACAACAUAGAAGGGGGGGGGGAAUGUGUAUAAUUGUGAUUGUUAUGUUAAUUUGCUAUAAGACUCUGGAUGUAUAGGGGCCUUGUUUUUCAGAGAGCAUCUUUAACUGAAAAUAUAUCUGCUGCUCGUUAUUAUGGGCGGUGCGAUGACUCAGCAGUUAGGACACUGGGCUUGUCAGCUGGAAAGCCAACAGCCCAAGUUCAAGAUGUGAGCAUCGUGCGAUGGGGUGAGCUCCCAUCUUCGCCUAGCUCCUGCCUACCUAGCAGUUCGAAAACAUGCAAAUGUGAGUAGGUAA